CACGCUACCUAACCCUAAAUCGCUCUUUCCCUGUCCGUCCUCCUGUGUGCGGCGCCGCCGCUGCGCACAGGCCACAUCUCCUUGCCCUCCUCGACAUCUCCGGCCAAGGCGCUCACUUCUCCGGCCCUCCUCCACAUCUCCUCGCCUCCACCCCAUCCACUUCCUGUCGAAGACUGCAGCAACGGAGCUCGGCGGCUGCGGCCCUUCUCCAAGACUGCAGCAUGGUGCUCGGCGGCUGCGGCAACGGAGCUGAUGGAGCGCGAGCCGACCAGUUCAACGGAGGCAGUAGCACGGGGCAGCGGCAGCAGCAUGGAGGGCGUCCGCUUGACUGGAAAGAGAAUGUAUUUGUUGAUAGUGAGAGUGAGGAUAAUGAUGGGGUGAGUGAGGAUGGGGAAGAUGCUCCAUCCAUGCAUGAUCAGCAAGAGGCGCAAAUGCAAGUGGAAAAAGAGACACAAAUUCAAGUGGAAAAGGACGCACCUCCAAGAGAUGGCAAUUUGGAGACCCGUAGAUCUGUACGGCUUGUCAAGAAGAAGACCAAGGGCGUCAACAGCCUAUACCCUGUUGCUUAGAAAUCUGUUGAAUAACUAAGGAUAUCAAGAAGCUUUUGGAUGUAGGCAAGCUUGGAGCUGCUGUUUCAAUGUCAUACUUUGAUAGUUGCCUUUUGGAGCUGUUGUUUCUAUGUGUAAUACUUUAAGUCUGUUGGCCGUACCGGACUAUUUAAACUCUGAACUAUGCUGUGAUGGUUGAACUGAUGUUGGACUGUUAAGGGUUAUGUUGGAGGCCACUUUAUAACUAAUGUGUGCCUGUUAUGUUGGACAGAUGCAGUUUUAUUAAUCCCUAGAGCUUAUUUGCUGAAAUUUA